AGGUAUGUCACUGACUCAAGUUCAAGAGCUUUCCUUGGAAAAAAAUCCACUGAAACAAGGAAAGUCCUUUGGAGCACGAGGUUUAUUAUUUUUCUGCAAGAGAGGUUUUUCCUUCCACUCGCUCCCUUUUAUUUUUUUUUCUUCAUUUUGACAUAAAGCCAGAAGCAGUAUUGUGUAGGAAGUUUCUGCUGCUUCCCCUAUACAUUUCCCAAUUACUUUUCACCUGGAAAGUGCACAAUGACACCCACUUUUGAAUUUCCCCGUUUUUACCAGUUUUGGAGGGGGUAUACGAAGCCUAUUAUGUGAGCGUGUAUAAAGCAUGGGCGAAGAUUUCUUGUCACAUGUGGGGGGGGGGUGAUUUCUGGAAGCUCAGCACGGCCUCCAUGCAUCCCAGGUGAAAUCGUGGCGCCAAGUGCAGAGUCGGUGGUUCAGGCUACGGGUGUGCACUGCAUAAAUCAGUCACUUGAAAAUAUGUGUAUGUGUGUGGGUGAGUGGGGGGGUGAUUCUUCACGUCAAAGGGGGGGGGGGUUCGACCCCUCCCCCAUCUCUGCCCAUGCGUGAAAGGUUAACCGUCAGAGAAACCUGUUUAAAGAGGACGUGAAGUUAAAACUAGGAAGCAAAGUUCCUCAGUAAAAAACAUAUCCAUCGAAAGCCCUGAAAGGUAUCCUUUUCAAAGAACUUAUAGAGCAAGCUCUAACAAUAGGCUCAUUCCAUAAAAAAGGACUUAGUAGGCCUACAAUCUAAUAUCGAUGACACAUUUUCGCCGCCAUCCGUUUCUCAUCAACCUUAAGGACUACGUGUUGGUUUCAUCGAUCGCUAAAUAUUACGAGGUGAUGAAAAAUUAAUAACGAAUUACAGAUGCGUUUGACCUUGCUUCGACGAGUAAUCUUUUUAUUAACAAUAGGGACGCACAUAUGUACCGGGAGGGAGUAUUGUUUUCCCUCAAUGUGCACGAAUUGGCGCUUUGUCGGAUGACGGACAUUUAAAAAUAGGACAUUUCUGCAGUGGGUGUCUGCUGCAUCGUUAUCAUUUAAUCCUUUGCAUCUGACAGAAAAGUCCACUAGACCACGUUUGGUCUUCGAUGAUCAAGCUUCGACACCGGUAGUUUUUGAGUUACAUUUGGCGAGGAGUGCAAGUGGACGCCUUUAUCUUUUUUCUUCCAUGCAGAGGUGUUAACGCACAUUCGAAUUUUUAGUCUGAACGACGCUGUUGGCACAUCCACCCGAUCACUCGGAAAGUUAAGAUGAGUGCACCCGAUUUCAUCCAUGUCAUGCAAGAAGGUCUUGCUCGGAUUCUUCGCUGUGGCAUAUGCCAGGAGAGAUUUAACGCGCCCAAGAUCCUUCCAUGCCACCACACCUUUUGCUCCGAGUGCACGGUCAGGCAGGCCAGCGCUGGCGAGGUCGUCUGCCCCGAAUGCAUCAGUAGCCAUCGGCUCCCGGACGGCGGUGUCGACGGCUUCGGCGACGACACCAAGAUCGCUGCCCUGCUGGAGCUGCAGGAGCGCUGGCUGCUCGGCUUCCGGGACAGUCGGCCCGGAGCCGGUACGGACGAGAUGAACUCCCUGAAGGCGGAGUUCCACCGGCUCCGGGCCACUGUGGAGGACUUCAACAGGUGCGCGGACCUGUGGGAGCGGGUCCAGCAGUCGACCGACGAGGACAUGGCGGGGGUAAACAACGGGAGGCAUAUCGAUGGAGCGGUGGGGCUCCUGCGUAAACGGAGGCGACUCUUACAUCAGAAGCUGGACGAGUUCUUGAGGGAGGAGACCUCGUCGAUCCAGUCGCGGGUCAAGUGCGACUUCAAUCGGGCCAACGAGUACUGCUCGUUCGUGGAGGGCCGGCUGAAGGAUUUUGACAAGCAGCCGGCUAGCACGGAGCUAAACCAUAUGAGAGGACAGUGCGCCGCUAUCUCACAGCAGACGAGCCAGUUGCUGAAUAACAUCUGCGAACAGACUGCCAAGAUGCCCUUGAAAAUCGUCAAGGCGAGUGACGACAUCAGAAGCCCCCAGCCAAGGGCUUUUUAUGGUGUCGAUGUUGCUGUGCAGGUGUCUACUGAUGAUGAUUUGAUGCACAAGUUGGAGCGAGGGCAGAGCCUUCCCCCGAUCGGCUACGUGCCACCCCUCAGAUCUCGGAGAAACUCUGACGACAGUGACUCGACCAUUUGCAGCCGGAAAAGUCUCUUUUCGAUUUACGGGGGGAGAUUCAUCCUGAACCGCAGUAACUGCGACGGCUUCACGUUGAAUAAGAUACGAGAGUAUGGAGACAUACACAAGGUGAAAGUGUUCGGAAGGAGUUGGUUUCAGAGCGGGAAGAAGCGGUCAAUUUCAGGUCCGGCCGGUUUGGUUGUGGUUCGAGACAGUCUGCUGGCCGUCGCGGACGUAGCCAAUGGUUGCGUUCGAUUGUGCACCUCGUCAGGUCUGUCACCAAGACGGCUGCUGACGCAUGACGGUAUGUUUUCCAACUUUGGCAACCCGCAGGCGGUGUGCGUGGAUCUGCCGCAACGUCAUCUUUACGUCACCGACAAGGACAACGCAUGCGUGGUAAUCCUCGACAUUGACACCGGCGAGGAUGUCAACACCAUCACGUGCGCGGGGCACAGACCAAUCGGCGUCGCCCUUGACUCUGACUCGGCCACCUUGUACAUCUGCUGCGAGGACAAGCACGCAGUGGUCAUGUUCCGAACUGACGGUACCCUGGUGGGGCAGAUCGGGGAGAGGGGACGGGAACCUGGCCAGUUCCUGUAUCCGCAUUCCCUGGCCAUCAGCCCUGAUAACCGUCUCUGGGUGACCGAUACCAAUAACAACCGUAUUCAGGUUUUCACCCUUGCGGGCAAGUUUGUCAAGACCGUCGGCUCGCGUGGCAGCGGGCUGGGACAGCUCAACCAUCCAAAGGGCAUCACGAUCGACGACCGCGGCUUUGUCCUGGUGGCUGACACGGGCAACCAGCGUGUCCAGAUCUUCGACUCCGCGGGGAAGUCGCUGCUUGUCUUCGGCAGGGAGGACGGCCCGUCGGCCGGCCCCAGCGUGCAGCAGAGGCCAAGCGCCGGCGGCUCCAAGGUGUCUAGACAUCAGGGCGUGGCGGGGCCCGUUGGGGUUGCCUCCUCGAGCUCCAGUGGGGUGAGGGGUAAGGUGUUCGUGAGUUUCCAGGGAGAUCCAAGGAUCGUUGCAUACUUGGUACAGUAUCAAAAAUAGACGGGAGUCUUCCUUCACCAAUACUUCGAAUUUUCAGCAAAGCAAUGGGGAACUAACGACAGGCUCCCCUCUAGAUGUCUCGGACACAAAAGCUGCCUUUCAAUAAAACCGACUGA